AUGGACUCUCCUCUACCCGCCAUGGCUACUCCUCCUUUGGGCAGAGUUUACCGCUUCAUGUCGAGCCCCUGCAUCCAGCCGAAGAAGCAGGUGGUCGUCGUGAAAGAAACGUCCAUGGUAGUGCUGCCAUCAGCCGUGUCGUUGGAGGACAGUGACGAUGACGAGGAUGACAAAGAGCCCCGAAUGCAGUGUACUCUCCUCCUCUGCAGCCCCUGUGCCAGCAGUAGGUCGUCUGCUCCUAUGCGCUCCAUGCACGGCUCCUCGGCCGGGCUGAUUGCAUUACAACCGAAGAACCUAGAGGGCUAUGUGGGGUUUGCCAACCUCCCCAAUCAAGUCUACAGGAAGUCUGUCAAGCGGGGCUUCGAGUUCACACUCAUGGUAGUGGGUGAGUCUGGUCUGGGUAAGUCUACUCUGAUCAACUCUCUCUUCCUGACGGACCUCUACUCCUCCAAGUACCCUGGCCCCUCCCACCGCGUCAAGAAGACCGUGCAGGUGGAGCAGUCGAAGGUGUUGGUAAAGGAGGGAGGUGUGCAGCUGCUCCUGACCAUAGUGGACACGCCGGGCUUUGGAGACGCAGUGGACAACAGCAACUGUUGGCAGCCGGUGACCGACCAUAUUGACAGCAAGUUUGAGGAUUACCUGAACUCAGAGUCUCGCGUCAACCGGAGACAGAUGCCGGACAGCAGAAUCCACUGCUGCCUCUACUUCAUCGCCCCCUCUGGCCACGGGUUGAAGCCUCUGGAUAUUGAGUUCAUGAAGCGUUUACAUGAGAAGGUCAACAUCAUCCCUCUCAUAGCCAAAGCAGACACACUCACACCGGAGGAGUGCCAGGCCUUCAAGAAACAGAUUAUGAGUGAGAUCCAGGAGCAUAAGAUUAAGAUCUAUGAGUUUCCAGAGACGGAUGACGAGGAGGAGAGUAAACUGGCCAAGAAGAUCAAGGACCGGCUCCCUCUAGCUGUCGUGGGCAGCAACACCAUCAUCGAGGUGAACGAGAAGAGGGUCAGAGGACGACAGUACCCAUGGGGCGUCGCAGAAGUGGAGAACAGUGAGCACUGUGAUUUCACCAUCCUCAGGAACAUGCUAAUCAGGACCCACAUGCAGGACCUGAAGGACGUGACCAAUAACGUCCACUAUGAGAACUACCGCAGCCGCAAGCUGGCCGCCGUCACCUACAAUGGAGUAGACAACAACAAGACCAGGAGUCUACUCACCAAACUUGACACAUCUGACGACAUGAGUCCGCUGGACCAGAUGGAGGAGGAGAAGAGGGAGCACGUGACGAAGAUGAAGAAGAUGGAGAACGAGAUGGAGCAGGUCUUUGACAUGAAGGUCAAGGAGAAACUACAGAAGCUCAAGGACUCAGAGGCGGAGUUGGCUAGGCGUCAUGAGCAGAUGAAGAGGAACCUGGAGGCGCAGCAUAAGGAGCUGGAGGAGAAGAGGCUGCAGUUUGAGGAGGAGAGGAACCAGUGGGAGGCCACGCAGAGACUCCUGGAACAGCAGAAGCAAGAAGCCUCCAGGACUUUGGAGAAGAAGGCUAAGAAGAAGAUCUUUUAGGGCGCUAGCUAGUGUCUCGUCUGUGUGUGUGAAUGUGCCUGUGUGUGUGUGUGUGUGUACAUGCGUGUUUGUGUAUGUAUGUAUGUGUGUGUGUGUGUAUGUGUGUGAUUGUUAGCGUCAGGCGUGCCUAGUACGGAUUUUCGCCAAGCGUUUUAUUAUGACCAGUUUGCCAACUCUGCCAGCCUGCAACACCCCCGUCCCCCCCUGUCCCCCCUUACACCAACCAGAGCCGCCUGCGAAUCCAUGAUGUCUACAAGCCUUCAUCCAGCCUGCACAAGCCCUCUCCGUGAAGUCCUCCAAACUUACCCACCAAGAUCAACCAACUCCCCUGUAAACUGCAACCCCCAACCCCACCCCCAGACACAAAGCUCCAAAUAAAAACCUUAGGCUAUUGUAAUACUUGUAAUAAUUUAGUUUCUAUGUUAGUUACUUUAAACCAGGGAUGUCAAACUCAGGCCCGUGGGCCAAAUUUUGACAUUUUAUUUGGCCUGUGCGAUCAUUC